AAACAAAGGAAGGUCUGCUACUUCUUCCCCUCUCUGUUAAUUUUUGAAGUUCCCUUUCCUUAACCCCAGACCCUCCAAGAUGGGCUGCACCCUCAGCGCAGAGGACAAGGCGGCGGUGGAGCGGAGUAAAAUGAUCGACAGGAACCUGAAGGAGGAUGGAGAGAAAGCUGCAAGGGAAGUCAAGCUGCUUCUCUUGGGAGCUGGAGAAUCAGGAAAAAGCACAAUUGUCAAACAAAUGAAGAUUAUCCAUGAAGCUGGUUAUUCGGAAGAAGAAUGUAAACAGUACAAAGCCGUUGUGUACAGUAAUACAAUUCAGUCUAUUAUUGCUAUCAUUAGAGCGAUGGGGAGGUUGAAAAUAGAUUUUGGGGAUUCCAUCAGGGCGGACGAUGCUCGUCAACUCUUUGUUCUAGCUGGGGCAGCAGAGGAAGGCUUUAUGACAGCAGAACUCUCUGGAGUUAUCAAGAGAUUGUGGAAAGACAGUGGUGUUCAAGCCUGUUUCAACAGAUCUAGAGAGUAUCAACUUAAUGACUCAGCAGCAUACUACUUGAAUGACUUGGACAGGAUAGCCCACACUAAUUAUAUCCCGACACAGCAGGAUGUCCUCAGGACUAGAGUGAAAACUACAGGAAUAGUAGAAACUCACUUUACUUUCAAAGAGCUACAUUUUAAGAUGUUUGACGUUGGGGGCCAAAGAUCGGAACGAAAAAAAUGGAUUCACUGCUUUGAAGGAGUUACAGCCAUAAUUUUUUGUGUGGCGCUUAGUGAUUACGACUUGGUUCUUGCUGAAGAUGAGGAAAUGAAUAGGAUGCAUGAAAGCAUGAAAUUAUUUGACAGCAUCUGCAACAAUAAAUGGUUUACAGACACCUCUAUUAUCCUCUUCUUAAAUAAAAAGGAUCUCUUUGAAGAAAAAAUCAAAAGAAGUCCUCUCACUAUUUGUUACCCAGAAUAUCCAGGUUCAAAUACCUACGAAGAGGCAGCUGCGUAUAUCCAGUGUCAAUUUGAAGACCUAAACAAGAGAAAAGACACAAAGGAAAUUUAUACCCAUUUCACAUGUGCCACUGAUACUAAGAAUGUGCAGUUUGUCUUUGAUGCCGUAACUGAUGUUAUCAUAAAGAAUAACCUAAAAGACUGUGGCUUAUUCUAAACAUUUACAUCAAAUUGCUAUUCGUCUUUUUUUUACAUUAACCAAAUGAGUCAUAGCGCUGUUGUUUUUAAGACCAUAAAUACGUUGGUUUUUAUUUGUGUAAUCUGAUUUUUCUGGUCUUGGGUUAGGUUGAACAAUCAGUUAAAAAACAAAGUUUUGAUGGUUUACAUAGUAACAGAUACAAACCAAUGGCCAGACCAAAACAAUACUUGCUUCUUUAAACCAUUUUAUUUAUGUUCGUUGUAUAGAUUUAAAUAAUGUUGGGCAACAAUCAAAACAACUUGAUUGUGUGUUUAGUUGUGACUGUAUGUGUUUUGUUUAUAUAAACAUU